CAUGCAUGAUAGGGGAGCUGCCUAGGAUGCCAAUCCUUCGCUCCACUCAUGCAGGAUUAGAUCUGCUCCCAGGCUGACUUCGGGAUACCGACGGCUGCAGCUUUCAGCUCGCCCCUAUCAUCCAGAUAUCACUAUAGCUUCGACAGCAGAGGAAUUGGAUUAUUGUACAACAAGGUUCUGGACCGUGGUUCUCAGGUAUAUAUAGCUUCAUCGGUCCAUCCCUCAACUUCAGAUCAGCAGCAAUCUCAUCCUCUCUCAUUCUUCAUCUACCUCUUCCAUCAUGAAGACUAUCCUCUCCAGCUCGCUCGUGGUCUCCAUGGCUGCGGCCCUGCCACACUACAUCCGCAGCAGUGGCAUCGAAGCAAGCCUUCUGACCGACCCCAAGGCAGUCGCCGGCCGUACGGUCGACUACAUUAUCGCCGGUGGAGGUCUGACUGGCUUGACCACUGCAGCCCGUCUGACUGAGAACCCCGACAUCACCGUCCUUGUCAUCGAAAGCGGUUUCUACGAGUCCGACCGCGGCCCGCUCGUCGAGGAUCUCAACGCCUAUGGUGAAAUCUUCGGCUCGGAGGUGGACCACGCCUACCAGACAGUGGAGCUGGCCACCAACAACCUGACGGAGCUGAUCCGCUCCGGAAAUGGCCUGGGUGGUUCUACCCUCGUCAAUGGUGGCACCUGGACUCGUCCCCACAAGGUCCAGGUCGACUCCUGGGAGACCGUCUUUGGCAAUGAGGGCUGGAACUGGGAGAAAGUGGCCGCUUAUUCCCUUCAGGCUGAGCGUGCUCGCGAGCCCAACGCCAAACAGAUCGCUGCUGGUCACUACUUCGAUCCCUCCUGCCACGGCACCAAUGGAACCGUCCACGUUGGACCCCGUGACACUGGCGAUGACUUCACCCCCAUCAUCGACGCCCUCAUGACCACCGUCGAGAACAGAGGCGUUCCCACCAAGAAGGACCUCGGCUGCGGUGAUCCCCAUGGCGUGUCCAUGUUCCCCAACACCCUCCACGAAGAUCAGGUCCGCUCCGAUGCCGCUCGCGAAUGGCUCCUCCCCAACUACCAGCGACCCAACCUGCAGGUCCUGACCGGCCAGUUGGUUGGAAAGGUGCUUCUCGACCAGAACACCACCGUCCCCAAGGCUGUCGGCGUCGAAUUCGGCACUCACAAGGCCAACACCUUCAAUGUCUAUGCCAAGCACGAGGUCCUUCUGGCCGCUGGCUCUGCCGUCUCUCCCCAAAUCCUCGAACACUCCGGUAUCGGUAUGAAGUCCGUCCUGGACUCGGUUGGCAUCGACACUGUGGUCGACCUGCCCGUCGGUCUCAACAUGCAGGACCAGACCACCGUCCCCGUCAGCUCCCGCAUCACCGCCGCCGGAGCCGGUCAAGGCCAGGCUGCCUACUUCGCCACCUUCAACGAGACCUUUGGCGACUACGCCCCUCACGCACAUGCCCUGCUCAACACCAAGCUCGAACAAUGGGCCGAAGAGACCGUCGCCCGUGGCGGGUUCCACAACACCACUGCCCUGCUGAUCCAGUACGAGAACUACCGUGACUGGCUCGUCAACCACAACGUCGCCUACUCCGAGCUCUUCCUCGACACCGCCGGCGCCGUCAGCUUCACCAUCUGGGACCUCAUCCCCUUCACCCGCGGUUACGUCCACAUCACCGACAAGGACCCCUACCUCCGUCUCUUCGCCUACGACCCCCAGUACUUCCUCAACGAGCUCGACCUCUACGGCCAGGCCGCUGCCUCCCAGCUGGCCCGCAACCUGUCCAACUCGGAUGCCAUGCAGACCUACUUUGCCGGCGAGACUACCCCGGGUGACAAUCUCGCUUACGAUGCCAGCCUGAGCGACUGGGCCGAGUACAUCAAGUACAACUUCCGUCCCAACUACCACGCUGUGGGUACUUGCUCCAUGAUGGCGAAGGAGAUGGGAGGUGUGGUGGACUCUUCCGCCCGUGUCUAUGGUGUGGAUAGUCUGCGUGUCAUUGAUGGUUCUAUUCCUCCCACCCAGGUUUCUUCUCACGUCAUGACUGUGUUUUAUGCCAUGGCUUUGAAGAUUUCGGAUGCUAUUCUGGCGGAUUAUGCUUCGAGCCAGUAAACCCGUGAUGUGGUUGGGUGGUU